AUGGCAGCUAACAUGGAUGGAGCAUCAUCCUCUCCAUUGGCUCCGCCGGACAUCUACCUCCGGAGCGACGACGGAUUCGCCACGGCGCAGCAACUCCGACAAAAGAAGCGCAAGAAAUGCAUAGCAUACAUCGCCGUCUUCGCUCUCCUCCAAAUCAUAGUCAUACUUGUUUUCGCCCUCGUCAUUCUUCGUUUCAAAACUCCCAAGUUCCGACUCAGAGCCGCCUCCUUUACCACUUUCGAAAUCGGAAAUAAUGCAACGAACCCGUCGUUUAACUUCCUAGUCAACGCUCAGUUCACUGUGAAAAACACCAACUUCGGUAAGUACGAAUAUGAUUAUGGCACCGUAGGGUUUGAGUAUAGAGGGGUGAGUGUUGGCCUCGUUAAUAUUGACGAUGCAAGGGUGAAAGCUCGGACUACCAAGAAGGUGAAUGCCUCGGUGUCUUUGAGUUCCAAUGGUUUGGGAAGUGGAUUGUCCGAUGAAUUGGGAAGUGAUAUCGGCGGUGGUGUAUUGGGACUGAGGAGCAGAUCUACGUUAGAGGGUGAGAUCAAAAUCUUGAAGGUGUUCAAGAAGAAGAAGUAUGCUCGCAUGGAUUGCACCCUGGAUGUUGAGAUCUCUACUCAAACCAUCAAGAAUGUCAUUUGCAUCUGA